CGUAGGACAAAUCACAAACCAGGUGAGCGCUCGUGUGCGCGUCCUCCGUGAUCAAGCUCAGCAGGUUGACGACGGAUUCCGAGUCAAAGACGCUGCCUCGACGAUGUCUUUGAGCCUUGAUUGAACGCAUCGGGCGAGCAGAGCACCGUCGUGGUUCACGUCCAUGUGGUUACUUCAGGAAAGCGUGGUAUCGUCCUGCAUUGUAAUUCCAGCUAGGUUAUUCCGCCAUCCGCAGCUGUGCUAUUGCAAUAAUCAUGGAUUACGGGGGUCAUGCAGAAUCAUUACUCCCUGUUGAGAUUACCGACUCCGUUAUAGAUCACCUACGGGAUGACUAUCCCUCGCUUUUCGCAUGUGCGCUGGCAUGCCGUGCAUGGCUUCCGAGAGCCCGAUUUCACAUAUUUCGUCGCGUUGUUGCAAUGGACGUAGCUGGCUACGACCGUCUUGCCCACCUUAGCAAUGCCAACCAAGAUAUCGCAUAUGCAAUUGUACACCUCUCCAUCAUCAAAGGGUCCCAACUCAGACGCACCAACGUGGAUCGCGAAUGGCCGACGAUCCUGUCGAAGCUUUCUAGAUUGGAAGACCUUUCCGUGAGCCAGUGGUCCGCGUCGGAGCUGCCUGAAGAAGUUGUGCAAGAUCUGCCAAAGUACUUUUCUCACAUCAAGACCCUCCGUCUGCAGGGCGUGCACGCAUGGAGGCCAUGGAAGCCCGACUUCCCGCGCCUCCUCUGCGCUUGCUCCGAGCUCUCUGUCCUGUACCUCGACUCCAUCUGGUGGCUUGACCCUCCUGAGGAGUUCAUCACCCUUCCCACAUUGCAUCCUGAUGGUCCCCUCCCGCCUGCGGUAGCUGCGAGCAUGCCCUCGAGAACGGUUCCUCUCGAGGCACUCUGUUAUUCUCAAUGUCAAGAACACGUUGCCGCUUGGCUGAUGCGCAGCCCGCUGCUUGCUGGUCUUCGCCGAUUGCAAUGCCUGUGGGCACCCAACAGCCAAAUCAUGCGGAUCACGCAUGGGUUCCUCCGCGCGGCGGGGACAUCGCUCGAGGAGCUCUGCCUCGUGCUUGACAGCGUGCCCUUCGCCUUUCUGGUACCGACCUCCACUCGACAACUGAAUCUUGAACGAAAUCCCUGUCUCGUCUCAGUUCACAUCAGGUCCGCCAACGUUGAUCCUUCAACGGCUCACACUACCCUGUACAUGUUACGGAACAUUAUGCUGGUCUUGCAGAACGUGCACGCAAACAACUGUCCUAUACAGCACCUCACUGUCAGCCUUGCUAGGGAGGAGUUCAUUUUCGAGAGUAUCGACUCUCAUGGACCACACGGGGGCAGACUUACCGCAACUAGAGUGUGGCGUCGAAUUGACGAUGUUUUAACCAAGUUAGCACGCAAGGAUUCCGAAUUGACAUUCACAUGCAAUAUCCUCGAUCACAGCUCUGAUAAUGUCGAUGAGUGGGCUUCCGACGCGGUGGACGACGUGUUGCAUUUCGUGCCCCAGCUGAGAGCCACGGAUUGUGAGAUACGGGUCGUGUGUGGGAUCCGCUGGUCUGAUGACAUUUCAUCUGGUAUGCCUCUCGGAGGAAUGUUCGUUGGCGAAUUCCUUGAGCGCCGAUUCGAACGUAGAAGUAGGGUGCUACACAAAGAAUAAAUCGUUCAUGUCCUAUAUAUGAUGAUGGCUAAGCAUGACUUCGAAUUUCUGUUCAAUCUCGGGACGCUUGCUUGACUUUAGCUUUGUUAUGUAGG